CCUUUGCGCUUAGCCCUUCUUACACUUUGCUCUGUUCUCUAACAAAUAGUAUUUUAUAUAUUAGAAUUUUUCAAUUUUUGUUUUAUCUUUCUUAACUUUUCAUAUCCCAAAUAUCUAUUUUACUUGUAAUCAUAUAUCAGAGCCAUUGUUGAGGGUUAGGAGGUGUGGAUUAAUUCCCACCUGUGUUCAAAAUACCGCCAUUUCUCUCUCGCACCAAUUUCCUGUAGAUUUUUUAGGGUUAGGGUUUCCAAUAUAUAUAUUUUAAAAUUUAUAUUACAGAUCACACAAAAAACCCGUAAAUUAAAAAAAAAAAAAAAAAAAAACUGUUAGUAAUUAGGUUUUGUUGGUAUUGUUGUUAUUGUAAGUGAUGGAAAAGAAAAGGGUGGCUGUUCCGCUGGUUUGCCAUGGCCAUUCUCGGCCGGUAGUGGAUCUGUUUUACAGUCCAGUUACUCCAGAUGGGUUUUUCCUCAUCAGUGCAAGCAAGGAUUCUAAUCCAAUGCUCAGAAAUGGAGAGACCGGAGAUUGGAUUGGGACAUUUGAAGGACAUAAGGGUGCAGUGUGGAGUUGCUGCUUGGAUACUAAUGCUUUACGUGCUGCUACUGGUUCUGCAGACUUUACUGCGAAAGUGUGGGAUGCAUUAACAGGCGAUGAGUUGCACUCUUUUGAACACAAGCACAUUGUUCGAGCCUGCGCUUUUUCUGAGGACACACACCUUUUACUCACUGGGGGAAUAGAGAAAAUCCUUCGUAUAUAUGAUUUAAAUCGUCCAGAUGCACCUCCAAGAGAAGUUGAUAAGUCUCCUGGUUCAGUCAGAACUGUUGAAUGGCUUCAUAGUGAUCAGACAAUUUUAAGUUCUUGUACUGAUAUGGGGGGUGUAAGAUUAUGGGAUGUAAGAAGUGGUAAAAUAGUCCAAACACUUGAGACCAAGUCAUCUGUGACCAGUGCUGAAGUGAGUCAAGAUGGUCGCUAUAUCACGACUGCUGAUGGUUCUACUGUUAAGUUCUGGGAUGCAAACUACUUUGGGUUAGUGAAAAGCUACAACAUGCCGUGCACAGUAGAAUCAGCUUCAUUGGAACCAAAGUAUGGGAAUAAGUUUAUUGCUGGAGGAGAAGAUAUGUGGAUUCGUGUAUUUGAUUUUCAUACUGGUGACGAGAUUGCAUGCAAUAAGGGUCACCAUGGUCCUGUACACUGUGUGCGUUUCUCACCAGGAGGAGAGUCAUAUGCCUCUGGGUCUGAGGAUGGAACCAUCAGAAUAUGGCAGACAGGCCCUCUGACUCAUGAUGACACUGAGACACUCACAGCAAAUGGAUCGACUGGAAAGGUGAAGGUAACUGCAGAAGAGGUUUCACGCAAGAUUGAAGGAUUCCACAUUGCAGAUGAGGGAAAGUCCAUAGAGAAGGAAGAGGCAGUGAAUGAGUGACACGGCCAAUUAAUGCUGCAUUACAUAGAGAUAUGGAUCAGACCAGAUGAACAGCUUUCUUGCCAGAUCUGCACUCUUUUGUUUUUUGUGUUAUGGUAGUAUGUAUAAUGGAAGACUGCUGAUCAGGUGGUGUUGAGCCCUAUCUCCAUCCGGACAGCCUUAUUCUGGAAAUCUUUUGAAAUCAAUAGAAAACAGACAGUGAUAAAAGUAAAGGAUUGUGGCCAGUGAUUUAUUUUAAUUUUCCAAUCUCUGUUUCAUUAACCAGAUCCUGGUUAAUGCAUCACCAAGUCUUCUAGAUUGAUUGGGCACAUAUGCUAGCACUGGUUUUGAUAUGGCUAUUGGUUUUGAAAAUUAACAGCCAA